CUGAUCCCCCUCCUAGCUCCUAACGACCUUCCUGAUUGUACUACUUGCUCGUAUCUACUACAUCAUCUCUUCCAUCUGUUACACGCCCCUUGCCACACACGACCAUCAAUUUCUCGCACACAACCAAUAACGACAACAACAACGACAACAAUAACAACGACGACCGUUCGGGUGGGGUUCUCAGCGGGAGCAGCAUCACACAUCACAAAUCUUCCUUUUCAACCGAACGUCGAUCAUCAUCCCCAAUCACCUCGAACCCAAACCUGACCUAUGUCGGAACCGGGGAAAGAGCCCGAAGGCAACCCGGAGCGCAAAGAGGAGGACGACUCUGUUAUGGAUACGGGAAACCUAACAGGCGAAGACGAGAUGUCCGAUGGGAGUGAGGACGAAGAUCUCUCUUAUCUCAGCAAAGAUCCGCCCCCCAUCUCGGGUGCAGCAGAGCCUGGUUUUAGGUUUACACCUGCGGGUCUGCACGCCAAACGUUUCAAGAUCGUUUCCAAACCCGCGGUGGACGGCGAUUUCGAACAGGACAAGGGCGCCAAUCAGUUCACGCUGGAAGCUAUCGGACAAAACUAUCCUUUCCUCUCUAAACGAUACGGUCGGACCAUCAUGAUCGGUCUACCCGACCCCAAGCUCGAACGUAGAGUACCAGUCACGCCCGGUGUCCGCCUGGCGGCCUUUGGCCUGAACGAGACCCCGAUGAAGGGUGAGGGGAACAACGCACAACAACGACAUACCGAACGUUAUUACAAAGCCAGGGAUCUCGAGGCCGAACUGUUGGACGAAUCUCUCAAACGCUUCGAUACUCGUUUCGUCGAUCUCGUCUGCGAACCAGAGGAAGCUCCCGAUCUCUUCGACGCUAUCAAAGAGACCGCCCAGACCUGUCGGAACGGAAUGUGCAAGGAUCUGGAGAGGUUCUUGUCAGUCUAUCGCCGGCCCGUACCUAAGCCAACGGGAGAGGGUAAAAAGAGGCGAGCCGGGAAGGACCAAGGGUCGACAUCAGCGGGAACAGCCACGAAGAAACUCAAGCCGAUCAGUGCCAAGAAGCCGCACGAGGAUACCGUGUCGAGUCUCUUGAUCAAGGCGCUCAACGCGAUGGGAGCAGAGUUUCUGAAAUCGUUGGAAGCCAGGACGACGGGCGUGGACCAGCCGAACGAACCCUCGGCAGCCCAAGACGUCGACUCUACGUUGGCGUUCGCUGGUUCUGGGACCGUACCGAUUCGCAUCAGUGCAUCGGUUCCGAGGGAUGCGGUCGAUAGGCUCAAGGUCUAUAAACCCGACUUUUUCGGCUGCAUCUCACCCGGGGUCAAGGAGAAGAAGGAGGGCAGUCCUGUCGUCUCUGGGGUCAAGCGCAAGGCAGCUACCAAAGGUUCCGACCCGAUAUUCCAGUCCGACAAUAUCGGGGUGUUGGUAGAGGUCAGGAAAGAUCCGACUUGUGAUUUCAAGGCACACGGGGAUCCGAAAGACGCCAUCAUCGGGAGGGCGAUCCGAUUUGCGGAGAUUUCUAGCUACAAUCAUAGCAUAGCCAAUCGCGUUACCACCAUGACGGUUACCGGUACCCUCGUCAGGCUCUACUUUGCGGAUUCCUUCUCAUGGGCAACCAGCCGUGUAUGGGACCUCGCCAACGAGGAACACCUUGGCGAGAUUGUCAAGAUCGUAGCGUUCUUCAUGGGAGCGCCCGAUCAGGCACUGCAGCAGUGGAAGCCCGAUCCCCACUCGUUCUCCACACGAGGUUUGGGACCCGAGACGGAUCGAUCCUCCGUACGACGCUGGGAAUGGGUCGCCGGAUAUCGACAAGAGUAUACCCUGAGAUCCAUCUUUGGCAGACGGUCCACUAUAUGGUCUGGUGAGACUCGGCUCUCGGGCGUCGGAGGCGAACAGGCCGAGGCCGCGACAGAGGAGAAGACUACGAUCGUCAAAGCCGCCUAUCUGCCGAGCGGACUUGUGCAUCACGAAUACAACAUGGUGACUUGCCUGCAUCCCGAGUCGCCUCGGAGCGACAGCUUGUUCUACCAGAUCGACGAGGCGACGCGAGCGGCGAUCUUGAAAGACAUCCCGGUCCCACUCGGAAUGGUCGAUGUCGGCCAAGGUGAACACCAGCAGACGAGACGCCUACCGAAAGAAGCAGGACUGACCGUCGGUGAAGCGCCAAGCGACCUCGUUGAACCCCUUACGCACCUUGAGCUUGCCGUAUUCGCGAUGCACGGACCCGUCGGGGAAACGGUCGACCCCCGCCCCGAGCAAACGUUCAGUCUGCUCGAGGUUUGCGAAAUCCAUCUCGACGCCCUCGGCCACGGGUACUACGCCGCCACUUGCAACAUCCACUUUCGUGACUGGAGCGAGGGCAACGUCCUAUUCCGUCGACUUCGGGACGGCACUCUGCGAGGCUUCCUUAUCGACUACGGCAACGCUCGCCACGAAAACAAGAGGCGUGAUCAGUCUCGCAACGACGGUGCCCUGUCCGGGUGGCAGUCUCUCUGCCUGGACGACAUGCGUUCCGGAACGGCUUGGUUUCGAUGUCUUGCCGUUAUCGACACGGCGUCGCUGAUCCGAGAGUACACCAAGAAGCAAAAGAAGCGAAACCGUUUCCCCAAGACCGCCCAAGGGAACCCCGAGUUCGAGGAAAUGGAAGCGGCGGAAUUGGAAGAUUUAAAGUUGCAAAUGUUACGGGCUCGACAUCGCUACAUCGAUGAUCUCGAGUCGUUCAUGUACCUGCUGAUAUUUCAAGCGUGUAAGGCGACGCACAAUGACAAACGCACAAACGACGCCGUCAUCGAAAUGUUGGAAUCCGAUACCGAAAAGAAGUCGGCGUGGAAAGCCGAUCUCACCGAGAUCGCAGAAACCAUCUCCCCAGACGAGGAUUGGGUCGAAAUGGUCGAAACUUUCGUGAAGACCAUAAAGGUUGCUCGCAUGGCAAUGAAGGAUCAGCUGGAAAAGGAAGACAUGACCGGAAAGUUCACGCCAGAAGAAGAUCGUUGCUACAAGAUGUGUUACGAUCUCCUUCGCGAGUUUGUCGAAAAACGUCGGCGUCAGGAGGGCAGCAGCAGCAAGAAUUGAAAUACGGGGGCUGAGUACUCGAGGCGUCGAUAGUGGGUAUGCUAGGGUUUGACCGAGGCAUCGGACUGAAUCGCGAAACGCGCGUGGGUCUCGUCUUGCGAUCGUCGGUAGUUCUGUGUCUUCUUUGUAGCUACGACGCCGAGUUUGUCGUCGUCCACGUUCCGGUAAUGAUGUCACAAGCUUGAUGAUAUGUUCCCAUGAAGGUCCGCAC